GUGUAUGAAAAAGUAAAAGAUCACGGUUAUCUCCUAUCUCAAUCUGGUGAUGCUACAUGCGAUGGAUUAUUUACUGCUAGCGAAGGAUCGAGAACUAUGAGGCUAACCAGAACUAAUCAUCCUCACGCAAGAUGCCAGUUUCCGGAAUGGGUGACCUCUGGAAGACAUUGGAAGACCCUCGAUGCUAAACAAACUUACGAUUUUAGUCACAGGAACACAUCUUAUCACGUGACAAACACAUCGAACGGUAGAAUGCACAUGAGAGUUGUAUGCAUCAGAGAUGAUUACCGAUCAGAUAGUAAUGCUCAAAUGGUUGUACACGUUACAUCCGGUUGUAAUAUUGGCUACGUUUGCUUAAGAAUCCAUAAAAGAGCCAAACACGUAAUCGAACUUCAAAUGGGUGAGUUUUAA